AUGCCCGGCUCGUCCGCUCCUCGUGUGUGCCACGCCCCCUGAUUACCCAUGUGUGAUUCCCUAAUUGUCUCCUGCUGUGUCCGAUUAUUUUGAGUUAGUCAUGUCCUAUUUAUAUCCUGGUCUUGCCUGUUACCCUCGUUCGUCAUUGCUUGACUCUUGUGCGUUAGUUGGUCUCCCGUAGUUUCCAUGUUCCCAGUGUUCCUUUCCCUUAAUAAACCCCCGAUCUCCCCGAUCCUGCCGCGUCUGCCUGAUUUUUGGCCAACCGCCCGCACGAUCGCCUGUUCGUCCGAACCGGAGCGUGACAGAAUGACGAACCGAAAAAAGAAGAGGAAGCAGGGGAGAAAGAGGACCCCUGAGGAGUUCAUCAAUCUGGGUUCCUGCUCGCUCUCCCACCCGUGGACCCCUUUCGAGAGCGAGAAGGAGGAGCUACUCCAGAGCCCCGAGGACGAACCGCUCCGUUUCGGAGCUUGUUCUCUGGCCAGGUUCUGGGACUGCAGCGACGACGAGGAGGAGAGGCAAGUCCAAUUCCCGGACCUCAAGCCCUUGUCCCCGGAUCAGCCACCGCCCCUCGAGCGGUAUAAUUACCGGCCCGAGAGACUACAGCAUUGGGGAGGGAUUCGAGCGGUCAGAGACUCAGUCCCGCGUGUGCCCCGCUUCCCAAGGGAGGCAGGGAUCGUCUCUCCUUCAGCGGACUUACCAGUCCCGCCUGUAGAGGCAAAAGCCCCUGAGGAGCUCUCCUCGCCUCUGUUAGAAUGCAGAGAGCAGUUGGCACGCUCUCUGCAUUCCCGGCGACCGCCGCCUGCGCGGCUUGCGGCGCCCGCCCCCCUGCAACCUGCGCAGCCGGAGCAGUCCUCGCUACUGCCCGUGCAGACGGCGCAGCUUCCUCAGCCCGCGACACCUGCACAGGUGCCGCCGCUAGAUCCUGCGGCUACCGUGCUGGGGCUGUCGCCAGUACCCGCGGUUCAUGCGCUGGGACAGCCACCUCCGCUGCCUGCGCGACCGACGGGCCGUCCGACUCCAGCGGUUAAGCACCCGCCUGUGCUUAGGGCUCCCGCUGUCGAGUCGUCCUGUCUGCCUGCAGUUCCCGCGCCCACGUCUGGGGCGUUCCCGUCAUCUGCAGCUUCUGUGCCCUCGCCUGAGUCUUCCUGUCUGCCUGCAGUUCCCGCGCACACGUCUGGGGUGUUCCUGCCGCCUGCGCAGCCGCCUGCGCAGCCAGCGCAGCCGCCACUGCAGCAACCUGCAGUUCCUGCAGAGGCGCCCCCUCUGCAGCCAGCUCCUGUUCCUGACCCGGCGCCCCCUGACCGCGCUGCAGCAGCUCCCGAGGCGCCCCCUGACCGCGCUGCAGCAGCUCCCGAGGCGCCCCCUGACCGCGCUGCAGCAGCCCCAGAGGCGCCCCCUCCGCCUGCAGCAGCCCCAAAGGCGCCCCCACUGCAGCACCCUGCUGCAGCUCCCGGGCAGGCGCCCCCACUGCAGCACCCUGCUGCAGCUCCCGGGCAGGCGCCCCCACUGCAGCACCCUGCUGCAGCUCCCGGGCAGGCGCCCCCACUGCAGCCGCCUGCUGCAGCUCCCGGGCAGGCGCCCCCACUGCAGCCGCCUGCUGCAGCUCCCGGGCAGGCGCCCCCACUGCAGCCGCCAGCUGCAGCUCCCGGGCAGGCGCCACCACUGCAGCCACCUGCAGCUCCUGUCCCUGACUGCGCUCCUGUCCCUGACUGCGCUCCUGUCCCUGACUGCGCUCCUGUCCCUGACCGCCCUGCUGCAGCAGCUCCAGAGGCACCCCCUCCGCCUGCAGCAGCUCCAGAGGCGCCCCCUCCGCCUGCAGCAGCUCCAGAGGCGCCCCCUCCGCCUGCAGCAGCUCCAGUCCCUGUCCUAGUCCCCGAGGUGGUCCCGGACAACUCCAUCUUGGUUCCUCCCUCUUCGGAAGUGGAGGAGCUAGAAUGGGACCCCUCGGGGACAGAACUCGUAACCCCUUGUCCCUCGCCCCGGCGACAUCGACCCCGAACUAGGGUCGGCCUGUCUGUGUCCCGCAGGGGAAGGGGACACAGACGCAGGGCUGGGGUCCCGCCCGCCCUGCCCCCUGGCUCGCCCUCCCUCGCCUGCGCUCUGGCUCGGCUGGCGCCUGCGGGUCCUGGCCUUCCGGGUCGGCUGUCGCCUGCGGGUCCCUCUCCAGUGCCUCGUCGCCCCGCCUCGCUCCCCUCUCCUGAGCCUGGUCGGUCGCCUGCGGACUCCCCGUCGGCGGCUCCUCGGUUGCCUGCGGGGCCCCUACCUCCGGCCCUCCGCCGGACGUCGCCGCCUGCUGCGGCUCCCCCCUCCUCCGGGCCUUCGCCGAGGGCCCCUCCAGCUCCCUCGUCCCCUUCCCCGGUGCUCCCUCCUGCUCCCUCCCUGGCCCCUCCACGAGUCCCUCGCCCUGUCUCCUCGGCCCCUCCACGGUCCCCUCCUGCUCCGGCCUCCCGGCCGCCUGCGGCCCCUCCGGCUGCCUCCCGUCGCCCGCUUAGGCUCCCUCGGGCUCCCCUUGGUACCCCCUCCUUCUCGCCCUGUGCCCCUGCCUUUGUCCCUCCUGUCUUUGUCCCGCCGUCCUCUGUUCCUGGUCCCUUUGUUCUGCCCCGCUCCGUUCCUCGUUUCCCUACGUUCCCUUCCGUCACUCCCACUCCUUUUGUUCCGCCUGUUCCCUCUGUUCCGCCCUUUCUGGUCUGUCUCUCUGCGUUCCCUGCCCUUUGUCACGUCCUGUCGUACGUCCUGUCUCUCGCCGUGUUUUGUUCUUCGGUCCUGUUUCCCGUCCUUCGUUGAUUUUGUUCUUCAGUUCCUGGUCCCGUUUCCCUCGUCCCGUUCGUCGCCUUCUCCGGGGCGCGCCCGGUGCAGCGCGCCUUUGGGGGGGGGCUCUGUGAUGCCCGGCUCGUCCGCUCCUCGUGUGUGCCACGCCCCCUGAUUACCCAUGUGUGAUUCCCUAAUUGUCUCCUGCUGUGUCCGAUUAUUUUGAGUUAGUCAUGUCCUAUUUAUAUCCUGGUCUUGCCUGUUACCCUCGUUCGUCAUUGCUUGACUCUUGUGCGUUAGUUGGUCUCCCGUAGUUUCCAUGUUCCCAGUGUUCCUUUCCCUUAAUAAACCCCCGAUCUCCCCGA